GGACAGUUGUAUUUAUUGAAUUGUAGUAUUUAUAUCAUUUCAUUAAUUGAGUUCAUCAAGUUACACAUUCAUAUCACAUGAAAUGGAGCAUGAUGCUGGUGUUAACAAAUUGCAGCUUCAUCUUGGUGCAUCAGAUUAUGUCUCCUCUAUUUUGCCCUUAGCAUCUGAACAAAUGUCGCCUCUUUUAAGUAAUGAAAGAGAGGGUUCUGAAGACAUACAACAGGAACCUAAUAAAGAAUUUCCAAAGUUAUUGCAUUAUGCUUCAUAUCUGAUUCAUUUGGCUGUUUUUGGUAUUCUUGGGGUAUUAACAAGAUAUACACUGGACAAGUUAUUUGGCCCUAGUGUUGGUCAUGUGACUAGUGAUAAAACUAUUCUUUACCUUGACCUGCCUUCUAAUAUGGUUGGUUCUUUUCUGAUGGGAUGGUUUGGUGUUGUAUUCAAAGAAGACAUAUCAAAUGUGUCUGAGUAUCUGGCUAUUGCACUGACAACUGGUUACUUAGGGAGUCUAACAACGUUCAGCGGCUGGAAUCAGAAAAUGCUUGAACUCAGUGUUAAUGGGAACUGGCUCUUUUCUAUUCUUGGCUUUCUAAUAGGGUUAUUUCUUGUUGCAUUUUCCAUCAUAUUUGGUAUAGAAACAGCUAAGGGUUGCAGGUGGCUUCUUAGAAGGCUAAACAUGAUGGCUUCAGAAAGUGAAACUGGUAGAUGCAAGAUUAAGGCAAAAGUGGAAGAAGGCGGCUUCAAGCAUCGGUUGGCAGUUAUUGUGAUGUUAUUGUUGAUUUUAGGCUUGUUAUGGGGUGUUAGUGGUGUAUUAAUGAUUGCUGAGUUUAAGAAUGGUGAAAAUUCUUAUCUGUGGAUUGCUUGCAUAGUUGGUCCUCUUGGUGUGUGGAUUAGGUGGUUCUUAGCUAGAUUAAAUGGACAUGGAUUAGGAUCAACAGGUUUGUUUAAUUGGAUUCCAUUUGGAACUCUAAUUGCAAAUAUCUCUGCUGCUUGUAUCAUGGCUGCACUUGCUGCAACAAAGAGAUUUGUGAACACCAGGGAUUGUGAUAUUAUUGUAACAGGCAUACAGUUUGGUCUGCUGGGUUGUUUGAGUACUGUCUCUACUUUUAUUGCUGAGUUCAAUGCAAUGAGAGAAAGCAUGCACCCUUGGAGAGCAUAUGUAUAUACUAUAAUCACAAUAUGUACCUCUUUCUUUUUAGGGAUCUUAGUAUACUGUGUACCUAUUUGGAGAAUGGAUGAACUAUAAAAUGGCAGGUGGCCUUAGAAGGUAACAUUGUUUUGACAGUUCUCAUCUACUUGAUGGAAUUGAGCAAUUUAGAGAACUAGAAUAAUCUAUUUACUUCAUUUUCAAUGAAAAAACUAGGCAAAAUACCAGUAUUGUCAAAUAGUGGCUAUAGCGCUAUAGUGUAUUUGAUAUGAACAAACUGUUAUUGUUCAGCGAUAUGCGAAUUAGUACAAAGUGUUGUCUAAUAGUAGUUAUAGUGCUGUAGCAUAGUAGAACUUUGAAAAAAUCACUAUUUUCAGUGAUCUGCGAUUGACAACACUACAAAAUACAAGUCCUGUAAGAAUAUUGUCAUGUUGUUGCUUUGACAAUGACUAUUAUGUUGACAUAAGGGUUCAAUGAUAAAGAGAGAGUUUAUAUCUUAGAAA